GCGGCGCCCGCCACCAUGACGCUGCCGCCGCCCGCGCGCCCCGCGCACUACCCCGCCGCGCACCGCGCCAUGCGCUAUUACCGCAUCUGGAUCUACGCGUGCAACGGGGCACUGCUGCUAGGCGCGCUCGCGUUCUGCGCAGCAGCGGGCCGCGCGCUCGCGGACUACCGCCGCGCGCUCGUGCCCGGCCUCGGCGCUGCGCAGCCCGGCUUCCUCUACGGAUACGCGGCGCUGCCUGCACAGGCUGGCCUCCUGCAACUGCUGGGUUGCUUGGCCGCUUUGCGCCUCUCCGAACGCAUGCUCAACGCCUACUGGCUUGCCCUCCUGGCGCUUUUGGUGGGAGACGCUGCGAUAGGUGUCUAUUGGGCAUUCCGAUUCGAACGUGUUUGUCGAGAGCUACGACCUCAACUACGCAUACGCUUAGCGAGAGAUUACGACUUGGACGCCGAUUUUGCUGAGGCUUGGGAUCGCCUGCAGAGAGAGCAACGGUGCUGCGGAGUGACGGGCCCGGCGGACUUCACAGCGUUCAACCGAACUGUACUACCGCCCAGCUGCUGCCGAAUACCAGCACACACGCCCGCUGUUACACCGGCUUCGAUAGCUGCCACUUCUGCUUCGCCGCCUCUCCCAUUCACUCCUGUUCAUUGCGUCCCACACACGGCUGCUUGUGCUGAACGAUUACUCUCGUGGCUCCGGAGAACUGCGGAUGCGUUAUUCGUUUUAGGCUAUUGCGUUAUAGCAUUUCUAAAGUUGUGCUUCCUUGGAAUAUUGAGAUACGAAAUAAAAGAGAUGAUUCAAAAAAUUAGAAUAUUACGAACUGAGCUCGGUGCGGGAGAGCUACUUGACGGCAGUCCUAUGCACGGCGGGCCUUUAUCUCAAACCGUCGUAGUUAACGCAGUGAACGUGAAUGGGGGGGUGCGAACUCAUGGUGGCAGUCCAGAACGGGCAGGCGAGAGAGACGCCCUGCUCGGGCGAGCUUCAGAACCUUGUUCACGGCGCAGCUUACACGACGAGCCGUUAGGGCCGAAAACAGUGAACGGUAAUAAUAAUUGCGAGAUGCGCGAGUUGGCGCGUGGGGAAUACCGACCUCUGGCAGCAGACAGUGCGGCGACUCGAAUCUGACUAAGAUGUUACUUGGAGCGGUUGUUUGGGCGGCGCUGGCGCUCAUUCCCGGCAGAUGGCUUCGAGGUGGAGCCCCCGAUGCCACGCGGUGUCCCCGUGUGCGUGCGCCGGUCGGGGGCACGCGUUCGUCUCGACCACCGCCGCCACACACGCUCCGAAUUCGAACUGUAAGCUUAUUGCGCGACCAACGAGGUCGGCUGUGCCAGCCAUUGUCAAUUCAAUAAACUCAUUGUAUGACUACGCGAAUUUUAUGUUCAUAAUAGUAAUCCAGUCGUAACUGUUUUAGUGAAAGGAUAUUUCGUGGUUGUUACUUUAGAUAAAUUGUGAUCAGCGUGUACUUUCAUUAUUAAGUGGCAACGAGUAAUUUAGGUGAAGUAUAUCGAUCCCACGAGCAAAGCUUGUAAUUAGUUCCUAUGCUUGGCAGUUAACCAUUUUUUUUAUUCUAGAGUUUAUUUUAGUUUACCGCAACAAUCGUGCAGGACAAACAGACGAAUGAUCGGAAGUUAUAACGUAGACACUAUAUGACGGUGUAGUGCGAGUGACCCGAAACGUGUAAUUAUUAGAAAUUAUUAUUGAUUGUAUUAUUUUUUUAGGCAUAAGUCGUCAGCUUUUAAUUGUAUACCAAUAGAUUAAAAAAUAUACAUAUAACAUGUGUAAGAAACAAAAUUAUCUUUUAUCAAUUAACUUAAAUAAAGUUGUUUAUUAGAUCGUGUUUGUUGAUUAAAUCUGAUCUGAUCAAUUAUUGGUUCUUGUAAUUAUUAAUAUACUUGCACCCUACCAAUUUUUCCAAUGCGUUUUUUAAUUCAAUUUGUACCUGCACUUCUGAUGAAUAAAUGUUCAGAUGGCAUUGAAUUUUUUGCAACGAAACUAAAUUGUCGUUUUAAUUUAUUUAUUUCCUACAUUUUGAUAACUCCGGACCAACUCUUGAUCAGAAUACUGUAACGUAAUUAAUGUCAUCCUGUGUUGAUAUCAAUAAAUGAAUGUAAAUAAUACUUAGACCCGUUUUGUAUGUAAAUGUGUAGAAUGCGAGUUGUGCAUGGACAGGUCAAAAAAAUAGUACUGAUAUGAGCUUAAACGACGUAGUGCCUAAGAAUAAAAGCUUAUAACCAGUUUAGAAUGAACUACAAUACAAAACCACAUUUUCUGUUACUGUACUAGAGUAUACGGCGGAUCAGCCUCUUUAAGUCAGGUAAUGGGAGCAUUUACGUAUUAAAUGGCUGUGUAUAAUAGGUGUAACCUAAUCCCCUGUAUUGAUAAAUAAUUAAACUUCUCACCUCUUAUAUUCUUGACUUAUCUCACUUAGUUUACUUGAUACAGUACAGAGUUUUAAAACAGGGUAGCCAGAAAAAAGAAUGGAAAAUAAGGGAAUGGGACAUCACUACAGAUCGUAAGAAAAAUAUUAACAGUAGGCAAUUACGGAAGUAUGAAAUACACGUCACUUGCUGUAGGAUAAAUAUUUGGCCAAACAAAUGUCAGCAUUUUAAAUUAAAAAAAUAUUAUUUAAUUUCCCAGUGGCAUUAUACACGCAUUUCCAAUUAAUAAAAUUAUUUAAUUAACAUGACACUGUCUAUUACUUUUCUCAGUUCGGUCAUUUUUCCAGCCUUACACACUUUAAGCUAAGUGAAAUAAAGACAAAAGAAAGGUUAGAGGGCCAAUGAAGUUUAAGUUUUUAUUAAUAGGGUUCAUUAUGUUUAUAGUUGUUUCAAUUUAUAGUGAUUGUAUUUGCUACGCAGUGCGAUGAGUUAGAGUGAGCGGGUUGAUAUACCUACAAAUACGAGUAGUUAUCUGUACUCAUAAUGGGAUAGAAAGAACUAGCAUGCCGUAAGAUACACGUGUAAAAGUAAAAUUUAAGCUUUCUUUAAAUAACCAAAGACACAUAAGCAUUUCAUAAACGAGAAAUAAAAAUAACAAUAAUAAACACUUCCGACAAAAACGAUGUUGCAGCGCUGUUCGGUAAAAUGACAACAAUUUCGUGUAAAAUAUUUCACUAGGAUUGAAACCCAGUAGUAUUUGAAAACAUUAAAGCAUGAAUAAAAAAAAUACACGACCCUUUACACUUAACGAAAAACUCGUACCACCUCCGUUUCCCCCGUACCUAAAGCGUGGAAAGGGCAACAUUGUAAAAAAAGGGCUAGCCCCAAUAGAGAGGCUAUAUACAUCGCAGCGUAUAUUGAAUGCAUAACAAAAAACAUGUAGUUUCAGUGCAGUUAUAUAAACUGCAUUGUAACCAUUUUUCUGUUAAUAUGCAGUUAAAAUGCAGUUGAUCUGUAGGUACGAACUCUUAGUUAGUUGAUGUAAAACAAAAUUUACAAUGGAAAUCAGACGGCUGGUAGUCUGUGGGGCUAAGUAAAGAGCAUGUCUAGUUCUUUCGCCUGAAAAUAAUGCCGCGGCGUUUUAUCCAUUUCGCAAACCUGCACAUACAUUUGUACUUAAUGGUGUAACUUUUUAGAAAUAUUGUAAUGACUAUUAAAUUAAACUAUUACGCUCAGUGAGAUGUUAUUACCGCAUUAGUUCAACGUAUACCGCAAAUAUGGUCCAAUUUGACUUGACUUCACACCAGCAAGCCGAUUCUGUAUCUCAGUUGACACUAAAUUUAGCUAUAUAAAACCCAAACCAUUAUUAUACAUUACUUAAUUGUACCUAUCUUCCAACCGAGUUAAAAUGAACUAAUUUGGAAACUUAUGCAAAAUAUGGAUUUAACGGUUAUUUGGUGGCAACUUUCACCAGUGGCUAGCUAAUUUUCGUGUCAACUGAAUUACGGAAUCGGCCCGCAGUUAAGUUGACUAGAUGGAACGCAAGCCUGAUUCCUGAGGCGAUUCACACUGAUGUAAAGUCGAAAUGAAAAAAUGAAAAUCUAUAAUUUUACCUAGCAUUAUUAGUGACCUUUAUCUUUAAAACAUUACGCUACCUACAAUCUACAGAAACAUAAAAUACUAGCACUGACCAUACGCGUUUUGCUAAGGACUUUAAAUGUCUUUUUUAUAUUUUUGUAGCUAUUAAUGGUUAACGUUAUCUACAUGCGAUGUUAAAUUUUAGAAUUUCGUUCCAAUACGUUAAUUUCAUUGUGAAUCACUUCCCUUCCGAUAAUUAAACAUGAGUAAAAUAUAUUGAUAUUAUAUUUAUAAACAAAAAGGUGUAUUCGUUUUAAGUUGCGAUUUUGUAAGUUGUCAUUAGGUUAUUCCGCUUAUUUGACGCUUGGUUCUAUCCCCCUAGGUGUAAUAACAUCUCGCUGAUUACGUUCGCUUAGAGUAGGUAUAAUAUUUUGUGAAUUUAUGCAGAAAAAUAGUUUUUUAAUAUUGUUGUCACUGAAUGUACCAAUCUUAUUAAAAUUUGUACCUAUAUUCGGAAAGUUGGAUAAUUUGUAGCUAGGAUCAAAUCUAAAUCCUGCAAUUUCUUCCAAGUGGUAAAAUAACAUGUGCCUUGGCUUAUAAAUCGUAUAACUAACGUUGAGUUUACCUAAAAAAUUAUUCGAUAUUUAAAAUGGACCUUGGUACCUCAUCACUGACGUGCGACCUAAACCUUCUAUUAUACUUUCUUUUCAUACGUUAACGGCUGACCCCUAACGUUGUUUUCUUAAAUUAUUACGUCAGCAACACUUCUCCCUACAUUAUAUUAA